AUGUUCCAGUAUGUUGUGCAGCAGAUCCUAUGGAUCAUCAGCGUAGCGGCACAGCUACUCGCAGCAAUGGGUCUGGGCGUCAAGUGGAUGUUCAUGGCCAUUCGUCUAGUCGCCUUUGCAGUGCUCGACAUUGGUUACUUCCUUCCAAACGUGGUUCGGCACUUCACGUCGCCGAAUGUCAUCCGCCGUGUCUCGUACCGCUCCUCCAAACGAACCAGGCAACGCAACUUGCAGAUAUUCCUCCAGAAGGUGGCACGCAUCCCCCCAGCGAGGUGCGACGAAGAAUGCGGCGAUACGGCCGCGUCUGGUCGGUGCAUGGACCCGGACAUGGACGCUGUGGAGCUGCUGGCCUCAACGCUAAACCCCGCCGAUGGCCGGUUCACGAUGGGGCUGCCGCCGGGAUUAUCAUCGCCAACCUCGCCGUCAGGAGUUGUGGAGGAUGAAGGAAUGAUGUCGAGAGUUGGCUCCUUCAGUGGCACUGUGGAGUUUAUUCGAAACUACUACGCCGCCGCCGCCUCCGUCGCGGACGGUGCCUCAGGCGCCGUCGAGCCAGCGGGGGAGCAGAAAAAUCCCGACUGGGCGCCGAGCGCAGCUGUGGACCCCACCUUAACAGGAGAGUCGGAGGAUGAUGAGGACGAGGAGGACAGGAAAAACCUUCACAACCGUGCCACGCUUGAUAUUUACUUGCCGGUCCCCCUCGACGCACUCUUUCGCAUGAUGGAGCAGGAGCGAAAGAUCUCGUCACGGUCACGACUUCAGCGCAAAAAGUUCCCUAUUGUGAUCUCCGUUGUGGGCGGUGCGUGGAUUGUUGGUUACUCCUUUUGGAACUUUCUUUUGGCGCCUCUUCUUGCCGCACGUGGGUACGUUGUGUUCUGUCCCGACUACCGCAACUUUCCGCAGACAGACAUGGAGGGGAUGGUGCUUGACAUUUCAGAUGCAGUGGGGUGGGUGAUAAAGAACGCCGAGCGCUACGGAGGGGAUGUCAGGGACAUCACGCUCAUUGGGCAGUCUGCUGGCGCCCACCUCACGAUGAUGUCGCUGAUUUCGCAGGCGCAGGUAAGCGCGCACGCCGUCUUUGGUGGGACACCGCCGAGCAAAAAGGCCUACAAUGUCCCCCGGUACAACCCUCGCGACUCCAUUCGCCAAUACGUUGGACUGAGUGGAAUUUAUAAUAUUUGCGGUCUGGUGAAGCACUUUGAUCGCCGGGGGCUCUACCGCAGCGUGCUGUACCAAAUUGCCGGUGGCCGCUCCCUCCUGCCCCGCUACUCGCCGGCGUUGUACUUUGAUGAGCGUCGAUGCGGCUGCACAGGGGAGGUGCUCCCCAAAAACAUCUUUGAUUUUCUCCCCCAACGCAUGUACUUUAUUCAUGGGGAUGCGGACUGCAGCGCACCCGUAUCGGAGUCGGCAAACCUCGCCUUUAUCAUGCGCAACGCUCAACGGGCACGCUUGGCCGAGCAGUACACAAACGGUGAUCAAGGUCCUGGCAACUGUCAGGCACGACCGGUAGAUAUUGAGUACAUUUUGGUCCCCGGAGCCAACCACACGGAUGCCAUCAUUGAAGAGUGCCUGGCAGCGAAGGGUAGCUACGUCCUCGAUUUCUUGUGCUACUACACCACUGCCGAGGAAAGGCGAGACAGACGUUUUAUCAACGGCAACGAAAAUCACGCUGAAGGGAUUGAAAAGGACGAGGAUGAGGGGCAAAUUGAUCCAACGAAGCACCCAGACGGUGUUCUUAUCGCACCUGCGCCACACGCCAAGCGGCCACUGCUGAUGCGCAUCGGCAGCUACGUUUGUCCCUUCUGA